UUAUAUGCAGUGCAGAAAAUUUUAAUUGAUCUUGGUACCAUGUACUAACGCGAGCAAAAGCCCUUUUUUAUUUGGGAGUUGGGAUCAGAUCAUCAGUUUUGAACCAAAGAGGAAUUAGGGUUUAACCCCAGAGAGAGUAAAUGGAAGGUUUCGAGAAGGUGACAAUAUCAGAUUCCAUGGAGGUCGAAAAUGGCUCCAGUUCCUCCAAAAUUGUCGAUUUGCUUCGGAGAUUUCUCGGAGUUCAGCAGCGCAGAGCUGAAGCAUAUGCAAAGCUUAAAAGGGGAUUUGCUGAUUACAUGAUUUCAGGAGAGGAAUCAACUUACCAACAACUUUGUAGUGAGAUCACUGGAGAAUUCAAUGAUUGCUCAAAACAAGUUCUUGAAAUGGAGUCUUUAUUUCUGAACCCUGAUUACAGCCGAGAUGAUUUAGCUGGCCUGCUCAGAGCUGUUCAAGUACAGGAAAGGCAAAAAUUGCAACUGGUUGUGCUCAAGCUUCUUAAUGAUCAUUCAUCAUCAUUCUCCUACUCAAGUGCUUUUGGAUGUAGUGGAUCUUUUGUGACAGCCACAAUUCAGGUGUUGAAGAAGGCAGGGCGUCCCUCAGAACGUCUAGUGAGCCAUGAGAAGUGCAGAUUUAUGAAACCAAUGGAGCAUGAGUGUGUGCAUGUCCACGAGAUAACAGAAGCUGCUGGAACUGAAGAGGCAGAGGCCAACGCGGAGUAUGAUAAUGCUAUCAAAGAAGCCAUUAGAGGGGUGCAGGAUGCUGUGACAACCAUAAAUGAAAAGUUGGAGGAAGUGAGGUAUGAGAUUGCUGCCCUUGAAGAUGCGUGAAACCUCAAACUUUCAUUUUUCACAUCCAGCAGGAAAGGAAAGAGGGAAAAGAAAGAAAAUGGAAAGAAGAAACAGCAUCACAUGCUACUGGUUUUUCUUUUCUUUUUUUUACGGUGGUUGUAAUAUCUAAAUUAUCUGAAAUUGUUGCCCAUUUAGCAUCAUUUAUAGGGUUACCAAGGUUUACCGUGAUCCUCAUUUUCAUGAUGCGCCUGGGAUAUUGCAGAAGCGCGUAAGCAUGGGAGUCCCCUUUGCAGGAAACAUGGUGGCACAGUAAGGACUCCCAAAAGAGCUUGUGGUUGCAUUACAUGGAGAGGAACUGUGUGUGUGUAA